AACUAUUUUAUAGAUUGUAUGUGUACAAUAUUUAUUUACGUACCAAAUUGUGUAGCUGGCUUUUCUUUCUAUCUAUAGAUAUAUAUAAGCAAAUGAUAGGUGAUUAUGGAAGUUCAUAAACCAUAUAUUGCAAUAACAAGUUAUCACCCAAGUGACCUCGUUAACCACAGUGACUUCUUCAUCAAUAGAGUACAUAGAUACAGCAACACAGGUGAAUUUCAGCAAUAGUACAACAGUAAGAGUAUGGCAGAAUCACAAACAGAAUUGUUGAACCGAGUUUUUUUAUUGGAAUCAGAAUUUUUGAAAUUUUUGAAACCAACAGAUGUUAUAUUCAACAUCCAAGGACUGGAAGAGGACUUUAUCGACGAAAUAUGGGAGCUUGAAAAAAACAAUAGGAAAGAAGCGUCAGGUAGACUUCUUAAGAAGAUAUCAGAAAAUAGUGACCUUCUUCCAAAGUUCAUCGUAGCAUUAUCCGAUCAAGGUUAUCAAAGAUUUGUUGAUCCUAUCAACAAUAUUUAUCCAGACCGAGGGAGGAAAUUUUGUCAAGAAUACUUUGAAUUUUUAAUUAAUUACAUGAAAGGAGAACUAGCUGAUAUAUUAGAACCGUUGCAAAUUUGUGCAUACUUAUAUAGAAAUAGAUGCAUUGAACUCAGUGAUAAAGAAGCAAUUGAAGCAAUGCAGUCCUCAAGAGGAAGAACUGCUGCGUGUCAAGAAAUGUUCCAGGCCAUGAAACGUAGGAAGGAUAAUUGGGCAUUACUUCUGUUAGAAGCUAUUAAAGAAACACAAGAAUAUGUCAAGUUAAAAAUGGACCCAUCAGCAUCUCAGGAAGAGUUAGAAAGAACUGGUAUAUUGCUCGCUGGCACAAAACAGCGUUAUCACAGUGAUUCGACAAGUUCAGAUAAAGAAUCAUUACCAUUUGAGUCAACUUUCAACUUUGAUGUUAAACUACGACAAAAAGUUCGACUUCAAUCGAUUCGAAAUCCAAUAAUUCAUGAUUGUAUAAUUACCAAUGACCAGUUGGUGUUUACCGAUUAUGUCCGAAACAGCUUACUGAUCUAUGCUAUAAAUGGAAGUAUCAAUAGAGAAAUUAAAUUGUCCGGUACACCUUUUAAUAUAUCAGUAAUAAACGACAACGAUAUUGCCGUCUCAUAUAAUCAAAAGUUUAUAGACAUAAUCAGUAUCAACACAGGACAAGUAAAGAAUAAAAUUGUAAAAAGUGGUAAUACUGGUUGGAUAUCUUAUCAAAACAGACUGAUGUUUGCUGAUAUUGAUCACCAGAAGAUAGAUGUAAUGAAUCUGACAGGGGAAGUAAUCAGAUCUUUCAAUCGCCCUUUAAAAUCAUCGGUACUAUGCAUAUCAUCUGAUACCGACAGUGUGUUCUUCACUGAUCCCUCAAAUAGUACUGUAUAUUGUUUUGACUUGAAUGGAUCAGACAAAUGGAGGUUUACUGCUGAUAUGAUGAAAUCACCGACCGGGGUUACCACAGAUGGGAAUGGUAAUGUUUAUGUUGUUUGUUAUAUCUCUCACAAUAUUCUAGUGGUAUCACCUGAUGGUAAACAUCAUAAAGAAUUACUUACUGAGAAAGAUGGACUGCAAAACCCGACAGGAAUAUAUUACGACAAACCAAACGACUGUCUGUUGAUGUACAAUAAAAGGAAUUGUGAUGCGUUUCUAUUUGAUGUAAAACAUUCACAUUGAAAUGAAUGAAUGCCAUUUAAAUGAUAAAACUUUUAUGGGUCAAUUGAACGUUUUUUGUAUUUUAAAUUUGAUUGAUGAAUUCUUUCGCAAUUUUAUCAAAUGUAAUAUUGAUGAUACUACGCUGUACGUAACAUACUUUUAAUCUGAACAAACGAAUAUGUGUGAUACAUGUUAUAUUUUGAUUGUUUUUCAUCCCAUGAAAAUGUAGAAGACAAUAAAUGUGAAGGAUGUGAUUUCUAUGAAAUUUGUGAAACAGUCAAUUGCACUUAUAGCAAUUUAAUUAUACAUAAAAAUAAGAUAAUAUACUUGAUCAGUUACUCUCUGAUAUGGUAAUGCUCUAUAACACAUAUUAAUAGAUGCUCCAAUAUGUUUUUUUUAAUAAAUUUUAUAAAAGUAACAA